CCGCCAGAGGAGCUGUCUGUGGUUCUGAAGGAUCGGGUGUCUGUGCAAGACUGUGCAUUGUCCGUGCAUUUUGGUGGAACGAAAUUGGCAUCGUGCUUGCUUUUUUGGCGGGUUGAAAUAAUGUAUGACAGCGAAUCCACAUUGACACACCGUAAAGCGUUGGAUACAUGACAUAAGGAUGCAGCGCGAGGUGGUACAGUCGUAGCGUGUAAAUGUUGUCCCACCAUCCAACUGAGAGCAACUUGGACGUUAUGUACCAGUGUUUACUGUCAUCUGUAAUGUGUUCGUGGAGCAAUUUGUGAUUAUAUUAAUAUUGGAAGGAAAAUCCAUAAACAGCUGAUGAAUUAUUUUAAGAUGACUGUAAUGCACUUGUGUAUACAAAGACUAAGUUUAAAGAUCCACUGGAAUAGCAGUUCGGCAGCAUUUUAGGACCAUGGCGAAAAACAACAGCCUUCAUUCAAACAGCAACGGAGAGACUGAUGACUCCCCAAACAUGCUGGUGUACCGAAAGAUGGAGGAUGUUAUUGCCAGAAUGCAGGAUGAGAAAAACGGCAUACCUAUUCGUACAGUGAAGAGUUUCCUGUCCAAGAUUCCCAGUGUGUUUUCUGGUUCAGAUAUUGUCCAGUGGCUUCUGAAGAAUCUUGUGAUUGAAGAUCAAGUCGAGGCUCUUCAUCUGGGCACACUGAUGGCGGCUCACGGCUAUUUCUUCCCCAUCUCUGACCAUGUGCUCACACUUAAAGAUGACGGCACAUUCUACAGAUUCCAGACGCCAUACUUCUGGCCUUCAAACUGCUGGGAGCCUGAGAAUACAGACUACGCUGUGUACUUGUGCAAAAGAACAAUGCAGAACAAAGCUCGCCUGGAACUCGCUGAUUACGAAGCUGAGAGUUUAGCACGAUUACAGCGGGCCUUCGCCAGGAAAUGGGAGUUUAUAUUUAUGCAAGCAGAGGCUCAGGCCAAAGUCGAUAAGAAAAGAGACAAAAUUGAAAGGAAAAUACUGGACAGUCAGGAAAGAGCUUUCUGGGAUGUGCACAGACCGGUGCCGGGGUGUGUGAACACAACAGAAGUGGACAUAAAGAAAUCAUCCAGGAUGAAAAACCCUCACAAAACGAGAAAGUCUGUCUACGGCCUUCAAAAUGACAUUCGCAGCCACAGCCCGACACACACACCAGCCCCUGAGGCCAAGCAGCCAACCGUGGAAGAGCUUCAGGAACAGAUCAAGUUUUGGCAAUCACAGCUAGACAGACAUCGAUUGAAAAUGUCCAAAGUUGCAGAGACUUUGUUGAGCUAUACUGAGCAGUACUCAGACUAUGACCCCUUCCUGUCCACUCCUGACCCCUCCAACCCCUGGAUAUCAGAUGACACAACACUUUGGGAGAUGGAGGCCAGUAAGGAACCCGGUCAGACAAGAGUUAGACGCUGGGGCUUUGGUAUUGAUGAGGUCCUGAAAGAUCCUGUUGGUCGAGAGCAGUUCCUCAAAUUCCUGGAGUCAGAAUUCAGCUCAGAAAACCUCAGGUUCUGGUUGGCAGUGCAGGAAUUAAAGAGGAGGCCGAUUCGUGAGGUGCCAUUGCGCGUGCAAGAGAUCUGGGAGGAGUUCUUGGCUCCCGGAGCUCCAAGUGCCAUCAACGUUGACUCAAAGAGUUACGAUAAGACCACACAGAACGUCAAAGACCCGGGGCGAUAUACUUUUGAGGAUGCACAGGAGCACAUCUACAAGCUGAUGAAAAGCGACUCUUACAGCCGUUUUAUUAGAUCCAGUGCCUACCAGGAGCUUCUGCAGGCUAAGAAAAAGAAAAGUAAGAACUUGUUUUGAAGGAAAGCAAUGCUUACAGGGCAAAUCUCUGAUAUCUAAGAGGUUGCCUGUUGUCGUCCAAUCUUGCUGAGCCUCAAACAAUCCACCGAGGAUGAGGACACUAUCAUCUUCAUCUCUGUCGUCUGAUUGGUCCAGACCCCAGACAUACCUUGGAAACUGGACCAAAUCACAUGCAUGUCGAAGAAGCUGAAUUUUUACAUCAGCUUCUACUUGCUACUUGCUAGUUUUAGUCUCGCAGACAGUUAGACAUUAUGGACUUGUGAGAAACGCAGCAAUGUCUUUCAAAGGAGGAAAGAGGUUUUCUCUCCUCUACUGUCUGUAAGAACUGUAGACUGAUCAAAUGAUGUCAAAAUCAAAACAUUUCAUGUAAAAAAAAUCACAAUAAAAUAUUACAGCAUAGGCACAGUGUAAAAUCGAGAAGCUUUAGACAGAGAUGAUCUCUUCCUACUCUCUUUUCAUCUCUUUUGCGUUGUUUUUAUUGCACUAUAAUGGAUUUAGCACACGUUUGCUUAUCGCACCAGUAAAGUCGCAUGGGAUAUAUCUGAACGCGACUGGCCGUGAAAAGUGUCUCAUCAGUUUUUCUUUGUUGCCUCGCUGUUUAUUUUUUUAUACCAUGUGUAAACACACUUUUACUUAAAGAUGUAUUAAAGUCCGUCCUUUAUCUUAAA